CCAGCUACUACACCUUUGUACGGGUCGACGACAACCAUGGAGCCGUCUUGCUCGGUGCGCUCGGUCUCGAACAAGGUCUUUCGCUGCGCCGCCGAAGUCUUCCUCAACUCGAUGCGAUCGCGCUUUGGCUACGUCAAGCAGCACGUCGACGCUGGGGGCUACCACUGGUCGUUCCUCGAGCGCGGGCCGCGAACUGCGGAAGCAGCGCCCGACCACGUCGUGCUCUUUGUGCAUGGGUUUUCCUCCGAGAAGGACUCGUGGCUCAGCGUCGCGUCCCGGACGCUGCCAUCGUCGCGCGUCUUGAUUCCCGACCUGCCGGGCCAUGGGAUGACGGCGCCCUUGUCACAUGCUGCCGAGUACGGCGCGUUGGUCCAGGUCGAGCGGCUGAAAGCAUUUGUGGACGCCACUGUUCCCAAGGACGUGCCGAUCCAUCUUGUGGGCUGUUCGAUGGGUGGUCUCAUCUCGGGCCUGUACGCGGCCACGUACCCCGACCAGCUCCAGAGUCUCACGCUCAUUUGUCCUGCAGGCAUCUCGAUGCCCCGGCGCAGUCCCGUGCUGGCCAAAUACGAAGAUGAAGGCGUCAACAUCAUGCGCGCCGGCACGGUGGACGAGUUCCAGGACCUCAUGCAGUACAUUGCCUACCGCCCUCCAGGCUACGUCAUGGAGAAGCCCAAGGGCAUGCGCAAGAUCAUGCUCGGCCUCAUGACCAACUACCGCGCCGAGCGCAUGCCGAUCUUUGACAAGGUGCUGCAGGACAUGAUGGCGAAUCAGCGCAUUCUGGAAGACAACUUGCACAAAAUCACGGUCCCAACCGUCGUGCUCUGGGGCCAAGAAGAUCAGAUCUUGGAUGUGUCGUGCAUCGAGCGCCUCGAUGGGAAGCUUGCGAAUGCCCACGUCGUUGUCGUGCCGAAAUGUGGACACAUUGUCCAGCAGAGCUACCCCGAGCUGUGCGCCGCGUACAUCAACCAGCUCAUCGCCGAGACGUCGCCGUCGACAGCGAUGGCUUGAAAUCCCAAUAGAAUAAUUCAUAUCGACAUACUUUCACAUUCUAAAACUAGACACGUUUGUUCUAUCGAUGGAGA